GAUUUUUUGACGGAGUUGAGGAAGAUGGAGUCUUUAAAAGUGCUAGAUGUUUCCAAAAUUCCAAUAAGUCAAGUGUUCAUGACUACCACUGGAAAGGUCAACCCAAGUGUAGGGAGAACUCCAAAUAAUUUGUGGUCUUUCUUACCACGUGGUUUAGUACAUUUAAAUCUCUUGAGUUGCAAUCUUUCUGAUGAGGCUUUUCCCAAAGAUUUUGGUAACCUACCCUCAUUAAAAUUCUUAGAUCUAAGCAAAAAUCCAAUUUGUAGCCUACCACAAUGCAUCCGAGGGCUUAGGGGGCUUGUUGAACUCAACUUUUCCAAUUGCAAGAGGCUCCAAACACUUGAAGGGCUACCGAGAGUAAGAACUUUCAUUGUGGUUGGUUGCAGGUUGUUGGAAAGAGUAACAUUUCAAUCAAGUUCGUGCGUACCCUUAGAAUAUCUUAGCAUGUAUAACCCGAAGCUAGUUGAGAUCGAAUACCCGUACAACUUUGUACCUAUUGCAAGAUGUGAUGCAGAAACAAUCAAGCUUUUGGGUUUGUGCAACUUGAAAUCCAAGGGAAUCACCAUUCAAAUGUUAUUCCCAUGUAGGAGUUGGGAGUUUUGCAAGAUCAGGAAGUAUCCUAUCCAGGGACUAUAUGAAUAUGGUAUAUUCAGCACGUUUCUUCCUGGGAAUGUGGUGCCAGGCCAGUUCAGCCAUACAAGUAGAGGCUCUUCAAUAUCAUUUACUGUGCCUUUUUCUAACCUCAGGAUUCAAGGAUUGAACAUCUUCUCUGUAUACACAAGCUUUGAUGGUGAUUUUUAUCCUGGUUAUAAUUGUAACAAAUUUAGUCCAAUAGUGACUAAAGUCCAUAAUAAGAGCACAGGAAUGAAGCGUAUCUAUGAUCCAUCAUGCGUUGGCUUUCCAGAUUUAGGAGAAGACAUGAUAUUCUUAAGCCAUUGGAGUUUGGGGAAUGAAGUGAAGGGUGGUGACGAAGUAACAGUUUCAAUGUUCAUGAGAUCCUUGUUUCGAUUAAAUGAGUGGGGCAUCCAGCUUGUAUACAAACAAGAUCAAGAGAAGAUGAUUGCCCAAGACGACGACAAUGCAGUUCCUUCUUUUCCAUCUGUCGUUUUAAGACAUUUGCAAGAAUUCGAGCUGAUACCAAGAACAUACUUCCUCUCCAAUGGACCAAUAUCAAGGAGAAUAUGGACAUUUGGACGUUGUGGGGAGUCGGUUUUGUUUGAUGACAUAUUUGGGGAUGGGGACUCAAACUACUCUGAUCAAGAAACAGACGAAAAUGUGCUGCAACAAGGUGUCCUGAGCAAAAAAAAUAUCCAAACGGUUGAAUCGCUCAGAAGAUGGUUGCUCAACAACCGUCACAAGCAAGCUGUCUCCGCUCAUAGUACGUAUCCUCCACGUCAAUAUAGUAGUAGUACUGACCAAUUGCGCAGCUUAUGGAUUAUAGAAUCCAAUUUGAUAGCUUUGGUUGUUUAUGGCUUGUCUUGAUUCUUGAACGCAAAAGUAUCUUGGACCAUGUAGUUAUACCAGUCUUGAUUGAUACCAUUGACAUUUGCAUUCUGUCUCUCAUUUCACAUUGUUGUGUAAAGCUGUUACGAGUUUCCCAACUGAAUGUGGAAGAAAUAACUCA